CAGCCCGCUCCUAAACGUUCAGUUACCUCAGUCGACAAACACGUUAUGGCUAAGCAUGCAAGCAUAUACCCGAAGGAAGAAGAGCUGAAUGCAGUGCAGAAAGCUGUUACAACUACAGAGAAAGCAUUAAAGAUGGUCUCAGACUUCCUGAGGGAAAGCGAUGGACCUAAGCAAGAUGUCAGUCCUCAAGACGUUAGUCCUCAAUCAUCAAACAAAACCACAGAAGAUAGCAAAGAUGUAAAGGAAAAAACCCAGUGUUCUCGAGUAUUGAAGGGAGUAAUGAGAAUUGGAGUGCUUGCUAAAGGUCUUAUAUUAACUGGAGACUUGAAUGUGCAGUUAGUUGUGAUGUGUAAUGAAAAACCCACUCAGUCUCUUCUAGAGAGUGUGGCAGAUAACUUACCAAAACAGCUUAAG